GCACUUCCGCUAGCCGCCCGCUCGCUGGCUGCUAGCGGAGGCGGCGGAGGGUGCGCGCGGCCCGGGGACUCGCAUUCCCCGGUCCCCCUCCGCCCCACGCGGCCCGGGUCAUGGACACCAGGUGGUGGGCAGUGGUGGUACUGGCUGCGCUCCCUUCCCUGGGUGCUGGUGGGGAGACUCCUGAAGCCCCUCCGGAGUCAUGGACCCAGCUGUGGUUCUUUCGCUUUUUGGUGAAUGCUGCUGGCUAUGCCACCUUUAUGGUACCUGGCUACUUCCUGGUGCAUUACUUCAGGAGGAAAAACUACCUGGAGACAGGCAGGGGUCUCUGCUACCCCCUGGUGAAAGCUUGUGUGUUUGGCAAUGAGCCCAAGGCCUCUGAUGAGGUUCCCCUGGCUCCACGGACAGAGACAGUGGAGACCACCCCCACUUGGCAGGCUCUGAAGCUGCUCUUCUGUACCUUGGGGCUCCAGGUGUUCUACCUUACUUGGGGUGUGCUGCAGGAAAGAGUGAUGACCCGAAGCUAUGGGGCCACAGCCACAUCACCAGGUGAGCGCUUCACGGACUCGCAGUUCCUGGUGCUAAUGAACCGUGUGCUGGCACUGAUUGUGGCUGGUCUCUACUGCCUCCUCUGCAAGCAACCUCGACAUGGGGCACCCAUGUACCGGUACUCCUUUGCCAGCCUGUCAAAUGUGCUAAGCAGCUGGUGCCAAUAUGAAGCUCUCAAGUUCAUCAGUUUCCCCACCCAGGUGCUGGCCAAGGCUUCUAAAGUGAUCCCUGUCAUGCUGAUGGGAAAGCUGGUGUCUCGGCGCAGCUAUGAACACUGGGAAUACCUGACAGCUGGACUUAUCUCCAUCGGGGUCAGCAUGUUUUUGCUGUCCAGUGGACCAGAGCCCCGUAGCUCCCCAGCCACCACACUCUCAGGCCUCAUCUUAUUGGCAGGCUACAUCGCUUUUGACAGCUUCACCUCAAACUGGCAGGAUGCCCUGUUUGCCUAUAAGAUGUCAUCAGUGCAGAUGAUGUUUGGGGUCAAUUUCUUCUCCUGCCUCUUCACAGUAAUCUCGCUGCUACAGCAGGGGGCCCUCCUGGAAGGGACCCGCUUCAUGGGGCGACACAGUGAGUUUGCCGCCCAUGCCCUGCUACUGUCUGUCUGUUCCGCAUGUGGCCAGCUCUUCAUCUUCUACACCAUUGGGCAGUUUGGGGCUGCCGUCUUCACCAUCAUCAUGACCCUCCGCCAGGCCAUUGCCAUCCUUCUUUCCUGCCUCCUCUAUGGCCACACUGUCACUGUGGUGGGUGGGCUAGGGGUAGCUGUGGUCUUUGCUGCCCUCCUGCUCAGAGUCUAUGCCCGAGGCCGGCUAAAGCAACGGGGAAAGAAGGCUGUACCUAUAGAGUCCCCAGUGCAGAAGGUCUGAAAAGAUAAGGACCUGAGAGGUGAAAUGGAAUAGGACCCUCACCAUACUUUCAGAGGUGCUGGCUCAAGGACAAAAUAUGGGUUUUCUCAGUAUCAUAAUCCAGCUCUGCAGCUGGGGAUAGGGAGCCCAGAAGGUAUCUUCCCUUUUGCCUUAAGCCACCAUCCUCCAGUAGGCAAGUUGAGCCUCAGGGUAGAAGGAAGUCUUGGGGUAUGGAGGUGUAAAGGGAAAGCUCCUCCUCCAUCAAGCUUCCAAGAAUGAAGUUUUGACCCACCUGGUGGAACUUAUCUGCUUGCCCCCUACCUUCUAUACACUCUCAUUUCUUACUGUUGAGAGAAGCACAAGUAUUGUAGGGUCUGAAUGCUGCUUCCCCAGGAGGGUGAGUAAAGAUGGGAGUGCCAAGGGAGGUGAAUGAAGAGCCCUGCUCAACAAAACUAUGCCCUUGGGGUCCUAGGCUCUGCUCCAUGAGCCAAUUGCAGGUUUUGGUACUUAGGAAAUGUCACUUUUUGCUCUUAUAAUAAUUUUAUUAAACUGCUGCAAUGGAC